AUGUCGGCACCCCAUCUGAUCGGAAGAAUCAUCGACCCGAUAUAUGCUAUGGCGAUAGGAGCAGGUGCUGCUGCAGUACGAAUACGACGUGAGGAAAAGGAAAAGGGCAGGACGACAGAGCAGAGCAUCGAGAGCCUCAAGCGAAAGAUCAACAUAGCUACGGAGCAAAGCCCAACCGCGACUACCACGUCAAGCAAGACGGGAUGA